AUGAAUCCCGAAUACGACUACCUGUUCAAGCUGCUUCUCAUCGGUGACUCCGGUGUUGGAAAGUCCUGUCUGUUGCUCCGAUUUGCCGACGAUACCUACACCGAAAGCUACAUCUCGACCAUUGGUGUCGACUUCAAAAUUCGCACAAUCGAACUCGAUGGCAAGACUGUGAAGCUUCAGAUCUGGGAUACCGCCGGCCAGGAGCGAUUCCGUACUAUCACAUCUUCCUACUACCGGGGUGCUCACGGAAUCUGUGUGGUUUACGAUGUCACCGAUAUGGACUCUUUCAACAACGUGAAGCAGUGGCUCCAGGAGAUUGACCGGUACGCCACCGAAGGUGUCAACAAGCUGCUUGUUGGCAACAAGAGUGAUAUGGAGGACAAGAAGGUUGUCGAAUACACUGUGGCCAAGGAAUUCGCCGACAGCCUCGGAAUUCCUUUCCUCGAGACCUCCGCCAAGAACGCAUCGAAUGUUGAGCAAGCUUUCUUGACAAUGGCACGACAGAUCAAGGAGCGCAUGGGAACGGCCACCGUUAACAACAAGCCAACUGUUCAGGUUGGCCAGGGACAAGGUGUCCAGUCCGGAUCUGCAGGCGGCUGCUGCUAG